CAGCCUGAAUAGUUUGCCUUUCCCGCUGUUCUUUUUCCUCCACUUCCUUUCUUUCAGCUGGGUUUGCUGUAAAUCUGCAUACUGGUUUAUGAGGGACCCCCUUUGCAGUUGCCAAUUGCCGUUGCAACCUGUGCUUUGGGAGCCUUAUUUUCCCCCCUCUUCAAGGGCUCCCCAACUCCUUUCAAGUAAGUGCACCUCAUUCAGCAGCUCCAGUCCCAUGGUCUCCUCUGGAUUGAGCCGUUGCCGGCUGGCCCUUGCAUUUGCGGUGUUCAUGGACGCUGCAGGCACCGGGGCACUGCUGACCGGCAUCUUUGCUAGACUGAGGCUGCGAGGCCGAGACUUUGGGGAUCUAUUAAUCUACUCGGGUGCGGUGCUGGUGUUCCUGAGCCUGUUGGGUUGGAUUAUGUGGUACACGGGCAAUAUUGAGAUCGCCCCUGAAGAGCUGGCAAGGGAUUAUCAUGCCAAGAAAGGCACGCUGGCACGGCUGGCUAGGAAGAUCUCACGGACCUGGUCGCGACGCCAAGGUGGUGGGCUGGCUAUGAGGACUAUUCCAACUAGCCGAGAAGCAGCUUAGAGGAUGGAUUUAGCUGGACAUUCUUCUAAAACUGGACCUCACUGAGAAAAGCAUGUGACUCUUCAUUCAAUACCCUGGAACUCCUGCCCAUAUCCACAUAGUAUCUUGUGAUAUUAUUGCUGUACAGUACUGGGUGAAUUUUGCUUUCUUUAUGUUUAUAAAUAUAUAAAUAUUUAGAGAGAGUGUAUACAUAUAUAUAUAUUUAAAGAACCAGGUGUGGUAUUAUUAUUACUUUUCCUUUUACUACCACAGGUAGUCCUCAACUUACGACCACAAUUGAUCCCAAAAUUUCUGUUGUUAAGAGAGACAUUUGUCAAGUGAGUUUUGGGAAUCACUGCAGUUCUUAAGUGAAUCUGGCUUCCCCAUUGACUUUGCUUGUCAGAAAAUCGCAAAAGGUGAUCACAUGACCCGGGGACACGGCAAUGGUCAUAAAUAUGAACCACUUGUUAAGCAUAUGGAUUUUGAUCACGUGAUCAUGGGGAUGCUUCAAAGGUCGUAACUGUGAAAAGCGGUCUUAAGUCACAUUUUUUCAGUGCCGUUAUAACUUUGAACAGUCACUAAACGAACUGCUGUAAAUCAAGGACUACUACUGUAAUACUACCAUUACUAUUCUAAAUCC